GGAGAAAGAGAGAGUGGAGAAGAAGAAAAGAAUUACGAUCGAAGAAAUUAGACAUCUUUCUCUCGACGUUUUCACAUUACAAACUCAAAAACAAAAGAAAAAAAAUAUUGAAUUUUUUCAUUUUUCGAUCUGAAAAGUGAAAGCCCCUCAAAAUCUAAUCUUUGCUUUUAGUCUUUAGAGAUAAUCGUUGGGUGAUUCUUGUUUCUCUUUUACUUCUUUUCUUGAUUCUUUCAUAUGGAUGGGCAUCAGCAUCAUGACCUUCACCAGCUUCAAUACCUCAACAAGCAUCAUCACCAUCUUCAUCCUCAAUCGCAAACACCCGAAAUAGCGUCUGCGUCUGUUGUAGCCGCAGGGGAUAGGUUUCCACAGUGGAGCAUAGAAGAGACGAAGGAGUUGAUAGGAAUAAGAGGAGAGCUGGAUCAGACUUUCAUGGAGACAAAACGAAACAAGCUUCUUUGGGAAGUCAUCUCUAACAAGAUGAGAGACAAGAGCUUUCUUCGUAGCCCUGAACAGUGCAAGUGCAAGUGGAAGAACCUCGUCACUCGUUUCAAGGGAUGUGAGACAAUGGAGGCAGAGACAGUGAGACAACAGUUUCCUUUCUAUGACGAUAUGCAAAUUAUAUUUACCGGUAGAAUGCAGAGAAUGCUAUGGGCAGAAUCCGAGGGAGGAGGAGGAGGAGGAGGAACAAGCGGGGCAACGAGAAAGAGAGGUCACUCGGAGCAGUUUUCUUCAGAUGAGGAAGAAGAGAACGUGAACGAAGAGCUAGUAGAUAUCAGCAAUGACCCAAAGAUUCUAAACCCAAAAAAGAACAUUGCAAAGAAGCGUAAAGGCAGUAGUAGUGGCAAUAAUAGUACUGUAAGAGAGGUUUUAGAUGAGUUUAUGAGACAUCAGAUGAGAAUGGAGAAAGAAUGGAGAGAAAGAUGGGAGGCGAGGGAGAAGGAGAGAGCAGAGAAAGAAGAAGAGUGGAGGAAGAAGAUGGAGGAGCUUGAGAAGGAGAGGGUGGCAAUGGAGAGGAUGUGGCGGGACAGAGAGGAGCAAAGGCGGUCGAGAGAGGAAAUGAGAGCAGAGAAGAGGGAGUCACUUAUUAAUGCAUUGCUUGCUAAGCUUACUAGAGAUGGCUCUCUCUAGCUCUAAUAUUUAAACGUAAGUUAAUUUUGUUCUUUAUAUGCUUGCUUGGGAUGUAGGUUUUAGUUAUUUGGUGGGAAUAGUUAGUAUAUCCAUGGAGAAACUUAACACUCAUAUAUUGAGUUUUAGUGGGACUUUUAGGAUUAUAUUAACCCCACAUUCUUUUUCUUCCUGGUUUUGAGUUUGGUUAAUCUCUUAGGCCAUAUUAUUUGCAUACCAAUUGAUCUCAAUGUUAUAUAUAAAGCAUUGGUAAAAAAAAAAAUAUUAACAUCAAACGAGAAGAAACAUGUUCAACAUGCUUAUAGAAAAUCAAGUGGGUUUGGUAUAAAUAGUUAAUUUUAUGAGUUUUGAACUUAAAAUCAAUUGACAAUAUGUAGAAUAGAACAUAUCUUUUAGUACUAUCUAAGAUCUCAUAUUUCACACGUGAAAUUUCUAAAUAUUCUUUCUUUUUGCUUUUUUGUUUAUAUGUGUAACAUACUCUAAUUUUCGUUUAUUUGUAGUUUAUACUAAUAUUCUUCUGUUUAGGAUGGAAAUGCUUACUAAUAUACACAUCCUACGCUAAUCUUGUUGUGUCGCACUAACAUAGACGUAUUUCUCUUAGCCC